GCCUGGAGUCUUCAAGCUGCUUUCACACUUUGUAGGCAACUGGACUCGGCUGAAUCUGGACACCGCCGGCAGCUCGGUCAUCUGGUUGGCGGAAUCAUUCUAUAUAUUAUUUCAUUGGAUCUUCACAGCAACCCUUUGAGAAUGUCCCCCAAACCUCUUCACUAAGCAGCAAUGCCAGGAUGCCUAUCUCAGUCUCCUUACACCAAGAUGCGACCCAAGAGCGUCCUGUGAGCUUAGCCUCUAGCACCUCUUCUUCAGGCUCAUCCCGGGACAGCCAGACCAUGGAAGAACCCAAUGGAACUGUUCCUGGUGCUGAGGGCGAGUCUGGCUCCCCCCAUGACAGCCAUAUCCCCAAUAGCCAUAACAAUUCCAGCACCUGGCUGAAUCUGAGAGGAUCUCUCAAAGGUUCACCAUUUAGUUCCCGGUCUACACCUGGGCCUGGACAUCACAAACUGAGCUACCUGGGUCGAGUGGUGCGGGAGAUUGUGGAGACAGAGCGCAUGUAUGUACAGGACCUCCGAAGCAUUGUUGAGGAUUACCUUUUGAAGAUCAUUGAUACACCAGGGCUGCUGAAACCAGAACAAGUCAGUGCGCUCUUUGGGAACAUAGAAAGCAUCUAUGCAUUAAACAGUCAGCUAUUGAAAGACCUGGACAGCUGCAAUAAUGAUCCGGUGGCUGUGGCUAAUUGCUUUGUAGAAAGGAGCCAAGAAUUUGACAUUUAUACCCAAUACUGCAACAACUAUCCAAACUCAGUAGCAGCCCUAACUGAGUGCAUGAGAGACAAACACCAGGCCAAGUUUUUCCGGGACCGACAAGAGGUCUUACAGCACUCACUGCCCCUGGGUUCUUUUUUGCUGAAGCCGGUCCAAAGAAUUCUCAAGUACCACCUUCUUCUCCAGGAAAUUGCCAAGCAUUUUGAUCAGGAGGAAGAUGGCUUUGAGAUGGUUGAAGAUGCAAUUGAUACCAUGACUUGUGUGGCUUGGUACAUCAACGACAUGAAGAGGAAGCAUGAGCAUGCUGUCCGACUCCAGGAAAUCCAGUCACUCCUGAUCAAUUGGAAGGGACCAGACUUGACAACAUAUGGAGAGCUGGUCUUGGAAGGCACUUUCCGAGUGCAUCGUGUGCGGAAUGAGAGGACUUUCUUUCUCUUUGACAAGGCGUUGUUCAUAACUAAAAAGAGAGGAGACCACUUCGUCUACAAGGGUCACAUCCCGUGCUCCUCUUUGAUGUUAAUUGAGAGCACCAAAGACUCUCUGUGUUUCACCGUCACUCACUACAAGCACAGCAAGCAGCAAUAUAGCAUCCAGGCCAAAACUGCAGAAGAGAAGCGUUCAUGGACUCAUCACAUUAAGAGAUUGAUCUUAGAGAAUCACCAUGCUACUAUCCCCCAAAAGGCUAAGGAAGCCAUCUUGGAAAUGGACUCCUAUUAUCCCAAUCGCUACCGGUACAGUCCAGAGAGGUUAAAAAAAGCUUGGUCUUCCCAGGAUGACAUGCCCGCUCAAGUGCGUCAGUAUCGGCGACAAUCUGAGCCAACCAAGCAGCUUCUCAAGCAGCUUAACGAGAAAGCAUCAAGGGCAUCGGGUGUCAAGGUAAGGCCAGUGAGUGGCCUCGAGAUGGGAUACAGGAUGGAGCAGGGGAUUGGCCUUCAGCAUGCAGGGAGCGCAGGAGCCCUCCUGGACUUUGGGCAGCUGCCCCUUACAGGGGAGCAGCAGUCUGAAGCCGAAGAGGCUGCCCAGGAGGAAGAGGAGGAGGAGGAGGAGGAAGUGGUGGAGGAAGAGCAGGCCCUUCAGAAGGCCUCUCUGGAGGAGCUGACUGGGAGCGAUGGCAGCAAGAAGGGGGCCAGGGCUGAGCCACAAGGUUCAGAGGAAGAGGAGGAGGAGGAGGAGGAGGAGGAGGAGGAGGAGGAGAGUCUGGUGGGAGCUGAGCAGGUAGCCGACUUUGCCAGCUCCCUGCUGGCUGCCCUCCACUGCUGGCACUAUCGAGCCAACGCUUUGUUUUUCUCCCGGGGCGCUAUGGUUAAAGGUCAGGAUGAAUAUGAAGUGGGCAAAGGCUAUAAAAGGCCUAGUGGCCAGUCUUUAACUAGUCCUGAGAAGCGCAUGAGCUUUGAGUCUGUCUCUUCCCUGCCGGAGGCUGAACCAAUUGCAGAACCUGAAGACGGGCCAGGGCUAUUUUCAGCCACAGAAGACAAUAGUGAAGAGAUGAUGCAGUCAGACAAAGAAUCACCAUCUAUCUUGGAACAGCACCAAGAGGUGCUAGAUUCUGACCAUCCAGUCAAAGUGGUUGACCAUGUCGUUGCUGAGAGCACAGAAGACCUUAAAAACCUCAGCAGUGAGGAAGAGGAGGAAGUGACGGUCCCAGAGCCAGAGAGCAUCCUACCCACUUCCGUGCUGGACCAGGCUAGCAUCAUUGCUGAAAGAUUUGUCAGCACCUUCUCCCAGCGCAACAGCCUGGCUAUGGAGGAAGGCAAAGCCAGUGGCUUUUUGACCCCAAGGCUAGUUAGUCGGAGUAGCAGUGUCCGGAGCCUGGAUGGCAUUGAGAAGGGGCCAGCUGUCCCCUGCAACGCCACAGACUCACUCAGCUCCUUGACACCCCUAGAAGCAGGGGUGCCUGAAGGGGGAGUGCCCUCGGAGAACACUUCCACCCUCAAUAGGUCUGUGCCCCCAAGCCCCAGCUGCCCAGGAGAACCUGAAAGGGUCUUUAACAAGAAGGAGGACUUGCUUUCCACCCGAGACAGACUGCUACUUGACAAGAUCAAGAGUUACUAUGAAAAUGCAGAGCACCACGAUGCCGGCUUUAGCAUCCGGCGCCGGGAGAGUCUUUCCUACAUUCCUAAGGGCUUGGUAAGGAACUCUGUGUUUAGGUUCAAUAGCCUUCCUAGGCCAGAACCUAAACCUGUGGCUCCUGUUGGGCACAAAAGACUCGAUGGUUCCCGAUCUGCCUCUUGGAUGCUUUUUGAUCUCCCCGGACCAGGCCAGGUUAAUUCUAGGGAUCCUCCCCCCAUCACUGAUGCUGAAUUCCGCCCAUCAUCAGAAAUAGUGAAGAUGUGGGAAGGAAUGGAGUCCUCUGGGGAUAUCUGCAAGAAUCCAGCAGUGAGGAACAAGGAGACAGGCCUGAACCAGGAGAAUGGCUUUGACCUGCAUGAGCCAUUAUUCAUCCUGGAGGAGCAUGAGCUGGGAGCUAUCACUGAGGAGCCAGGUGGGCACUCCCUAGAGGGCAUCUCCCUUACUGAUAGUCCUGGCUCUGCCCAGCUUGCCAGGGAGCUAAAGGAACUGGUAAAGGAGUUGAGUGGCAGAGAUGAAGAGCUUCCAACUCCACUGCACCCUCACAUCAUGCAGCUCUCUCACAUGAUGGAUAGGGAUUUGACUGAGCGUGUCAAGAACAAGGUCUACCAGCUGGCUCGUCAGUACAGCCUCAGGAUCAAGAGCCAUAAGUCUACAAUGUCUCAGCGAAAAAAGGUAGAUUCAAAGCAAGAGAAGAAUCUGACUUUGCCCCACUUGCAGGAGGAGCUACGAGCGCUAUCUCGCAAAGGUAAAAUGAAGCCAUUACUGUCCCUCUCCAAUAAUGAACAAGUAAUGUUCUUAGAACAUAGUCCCUCCAAGUCCACCUCAGCAAAGGAGAAAUCUCCUCGACGCUUUUAUGGUUCUCCUGGAGGCUGGCCCUCGAAUCGCAGUCCCCUCAGUCCUAUUGACACAGAAACUUUCCAUUGGCCAGAUGUUCGUGAGCUCUGUUCAAAGUACGCUUCCCACGAUGAGGCUUCUCAGACUGGACGGGGCCAGCGCCCAGGCCCUUCUGUCAACCGGAGCCUCUCCGUGCCGGAGAAUAUCAUGGAGCCAGCCCCUGCAGGGAAGAUGAGUCGCUGCUGCAGCCUCAGUACCAACACCAGUCGAGGAAGCCAAGAGAUAAGCCAGCCCCAGCCUCCCAAGGAUCUCUUUUCACAUGGCUCCUCCCAGACCCAAGGGCAGCACGUAGAGGAAGACUUGCACCUCACAGCAGACUUGACCCUGGAGAACAAUCGGCGAGUCAUUGUCUUGGAGAAGGGACUGCCUGCGCCGGCAGGGGAAGAAGAACAGGAGAGCCAUGUGCGGGUGCAGUCCCCCACCUCCCAGGAAAAGCUCCCCUCGAAGGCAGGGCCAGAACGCUGCAAGGCUUACCAGGAAUCGGAGGAGUUCAGCUGUCAAGAAGAGGGGGGCCACACUCCACAUGUGGGCCAAGGGGAUAUGGCGGAUAUGGGCCAACAGGGCCGGGUGAGAAACCUGAGGGAAAAAUUUCAGACUUUGAACUCAAAUGGUUGAAUUGGGCUCCUUGGGAACGACAAGGGGCCGUGUUGCUGAGCAGAGAACAGCUCCACUUUGUCUGGUGGCCUUCUCAGCCUUCUCUACCCGCAGCCCAACUCCUCUUAAGCCUCGACUUCCUAAAUCUGCCUGCUUCCUCCGGCUUGUGUGGAGUAAACCCGGGGAUCUUCUCUCUGUCUCUCUUCUCCCUUCUAGGUAGGCACUGGUGCUGGGUACCUUGGGUACCUUGGGCACCUGCUGCCUCGCUCUUUGGACUGAAAAGUUCCCCGCAGGUUGAGCCCUUUGUUGUGCCAACAGGACCUGACUCCACGCUGUUAACAGUGAGAAGUGAGGCCUGUGGGGGCUAUUUUCCUUUUUGUGUUUUCUCUUUUGGUAGAAGGCCAAAUAUUUAAACUUACUUCUCUCCAGGGAGAGGGGCCCACAGGCUGGGGUCUGCAGCUUGCCAGUCACUGCCAGGCUGAAGAGUAAAUCCAGAAGAAAAAUGUGAGGUGACUCAGGAGGAGUUUCUUUAUUAAAUGCUUCCAUUUCCAAGUCAGAAAAGAGAAGUCUGGGACUUGAACAAUAAUUUAUUACUUUACAUCCUGUGGGUUGUGUAUGUGUGUAUGUUUGUGUAUAUGUUUUUUUGUUUAUUUUCUUCUUCCCCUUUCCUAUUUUUAAGAAUGUAAUUGACUCAGUCCAGGUACUUUUGAGGGUUGUUUUGCUGACCCAAUGGUUGUUUCUAAUGUACAUACAUUUUAUCCCUUGCCAAUGGUGCAAUAACCACUGCUGACCAGCCAACCCCGUCUCCUGCCUCGUUAUUAGCAAACAGAAGAUGUACCAGUUGAGAGUUGGGAAUUAUUGCCUCAGAGCUUGGGACAACAGGCCUGGUGUUGCCUUACCUCUGGGGCCACACCCUUCCAUUCUCUGGGGAGGGAAAUGUUCUGGAGAAUCGAGGGCACUGGGAUGAAUAGAGAACUUGUCCUCUGUAAUCCUCUGCACCGUCGCGCAGUUCCCUCUUUGAGCUGAUGGAA